GAAAAACGCAAUACAGAUUGGCGGCCACACGGCUUACAGAAAACACUGUAUUACAGUUGUGCGUCGCACAUUUCGUCGCCAUCAUUCGCCGCAUUCUUACCUUACCUCAUCACGCCAUGGCUGCUUCACACGAUGUGGUCGACGACGCCCCAGUGCAACAAUGACUGGUCGAUCCUGCUCCAGCCGCUCAGCUAUAUCUUUCUGUUUCUCUCGAGUAUGAUCAAUCCGAUUCUUUACGCGUUCCUUUCGAAACGUUUCCGAGAAGCCGCCAGCGACAUCUUCUACUGCAAGUAUGUUCAUUCAACCAGCCCUUGCACACUUUUAUUUUUCGCUGCUAUGUUCUUUACCUUUUACGGCGCAACCUCUAGAGAGAGACACAACCCCCUACUUCCCAAUGCGGUAAGUGCGUACCGAUACCCAUCAACCCGCAAAGAGGGAUCUCACAAAAGUCGUCGCAGGCUUCUGCUGCGAUCACAGAUCGGUAAUGAGAAGCGAUGA